AUGUCAUCGCAUCGCCAAUUUUCUCUUCUUCGCGUCGUAUUUAAUCUCGCGCAAGCUAGAUUCCCGCGUAGGAAUCUCUCGACUCCGACUUCCCCGACUCCUCCCCCAGCUCCGAAAGACUCUCGCUCCAGAUUGCGUCAGUUCAAUGACCGUUUACCUCGCUUCCUGCGCACCUACACAACGCCCUUGCUUGGAGCUCCUAUAACUCAUGUCACCUCAUUCUUGAUCCUACACGAGAUGACGGCCAUUGUGCCACUAUUCGGUCUAGUGGCGGCCUUCCAUUACGGCAAUUGGAUGCCAGACCUGUCUUCUGGGUCUGGGGAGAAUAAUGCAUUCGACGAAGGGGCUGCGCGCUUUGGGCGAUGGCUUAGAAAGAAGGGCUGGGUCGAUGAUGCCGAUGUCAGUACCGUCGCGGAGCAUGAAGUGACAGCAUCUGGCGAUUCCAGCAACAAGGAGAGAGCAGGCGUGCGAUUAGUGCUCGAAUUCGCAACCGCGUACGCGAUUACCAAAGCUCUUUUACCAUUUCGGAUAGCGGGAAGUGUAUGGGCCACACCGUGGUUUGCAAGGGCUAUUCUCCAGCCAACAAGCCGAGCAGCUCGGCGGCUGCUUAGGCGGAGCUAG